CUCCACGCACGAGUUUACGCAUCCAGAGAGAGAAGAGAAGAGAAGAGAUCGAGAUCGAUUACUCUCUUAAACCUCUCUCGUGAAUCGCUAGAUUCUCUCUUCACCCUUUUCUCGCCUUCCCCUCCCAUUUUAUUUCGUGUUUGUCGUCUUCCUCUUGUGCUCUCUCUCACUUCACUUUUAUCGCCAUGGUGGGUGCUGCGUCGUCUUCCUGUUACGCAUCUCCCCUAUGCACCUGGUUCGUCGCUGCUUGCAUGUCCGUCUCUCACGGCGGCGGAGAUUCCCGACAAGCCGUCGCUUUCAAAUCUACCGGGCGGAGUCGUCGAAGCAACAGCAAAUGCUCUGCCUUUCCUGGAUCCGGUAGUAGCGUUCAGCACGCUCUCGUCACGACUUGUAAUCAGUACAGCAACAACAGCAGCAGCAAUGCCUUGUCUUCUCUCUUCGGAUCGAACUCUGUUUCUCUCAAUCGGAACCAGAGGAGAUUGAAUCGAGCAGCUAGUUCCGGUGGAGCCAUGGCAAUUGCGAUGGAUAUGGAUAAGGAAGCCAUGGUUAUAAAUAAACCCCCUACGGAGCAGCGCCGGGUUGUGGUGACAGGGAUGGGAGUUGAAACCUCACUUGGUCAUGACCCUAACACCUUUUACGAGAAUCUCCUACAAGGCAACAGUGGUAUUAGCCAGAUUGAGAAUUUUGAUUGUUCUGAGUUUCCUACGAGAAUUGCUGGAGAGAUCAAAUCCUUCUCUACUGAAGGAUGGGUUGCUCCAAAACUCUCUAAGAGGAUGGACAAGUUCAUGCUCUAUCUUCUCACUGCUGGCAAGAAAGCUUUGGUUGAUGGUGGUGUAACUGAAGAAGUUAUGGCAGAGUUUGACAAAGCCAAAUGCGGAGUCUUGAUUGGCUCUGCAAUGGGUGGCAUGAAGGUUUUCCAAGAUGCUAUUGAAGCUAUGAAGAUCUCUUACAAGAAGAUGAAUCCUUUCUGUGUGCCCUUCGCGACAACAAACAUGGGUUCUGCUAUGCUUGCUUUGGAUCUGGGAUGGAUGGGGCCAAACUAUUCUAUCUCAACUGCUUGUGCAACAAGCAACUUUUGCAUUCUGAAUUCAGCAAACCACAUUAUUAAAGGGGAAGCUGAUGUAAUGCUCUGUGGUGGCUCAGAUUCAGUUAUUAUUCCAAUAGGAUUGGGAGGUUUUGUUGCAUGCCGGGCUCUUUCACAGAGGAAUAAUGAUCCUACAAAAGCUUCACGCCCUUGGGAUAGCAAUCGAGAUGGUUUCGUGAUGGGAGAGGGAGCUGGAGUUUUGCUUUUGGAAGAACUUGAACAUGCUAAGAAAAGAGGAGCAACAAUCUACGCAGAGUUCCUUGGUGGGAGUUUCACAUGUGAUGCCUACCACAUGACCGAGCCUCGCCCUGAUGGGGCUGGUGUGAUUCUGUGUAUCGAGAGAGCAUUAGCUGAUGCUGGGAUUUCAAAGGAACAGAUCAACUAUAUAAAUGCACAUGCAACCUCAACACCAGCUGGAGAUCUUAAGGAGUAUCAAGCCCUUUCUCACUGUUUUGGCCAAAAUCCUGAGCUGAAAGUAAAUUCCACAAAAUCUAUGAUUGGACACUUGCUGGGAGCUGCUGGGGCCGUUGAAGCUGUCGCCACCGUGCAGGCAAUAAGGACCGGAUGGGUUCAUCCAAAUAUCAACCUCGAGAGUCCAGACAAUGGAGUGGAUACAAAAUUGCUGGUGGGUCCUGAGAAGGAGAGAUUGAACAUUAAAGCAGCCUUGUCAAAUUCUUUCGGGUUUGGUGGCCAUAACUCCAGCAUCAUUUUUGCUCCUUACAAGUGAAAAGCACUCAUUGCUUGUAACUCCAAACCUGCUUGUAUAAGUGUUUACAAGAACUCCCCAUGUGUUAUCUUGUUGUUGAGGGAAUCAACACAGUUUGUUAAACUACCAAGAGCUAAGCUAAGUUUCUUAGGAUCAAGAUCAGAUGUGCCAGAGAACUUGGACAAAGAGCAAACGUAGCAGAGUUUGGAUUUGCCGUGAGAAAAAAUCUGUUCCGUGUGAUACAUUUUGACUGGAAUCUUUGUAGCCUUCCUUUUCCUUUUGUAGUAUUUCAUUUCAUUUCUAUUUGUUAAUCAUACAAUCUGAAAAUUGCCAAACCAAUUCUCUGUUAAAAUUUUAGUAACUCUUCACAGUUGUUUAUCAAUGCUUCUAGUUAACAUA